GCCGCCGACACAUCCCCUCCGUGGAGCGAUGGGCUCCAAGUUAACCCGACAUAGAAGUCUGGAUUUGGAGAGCAAAUUGACCAGCAGGAGACACCCGCGGAAUGACCUGCCCAGGGAGGACGACAGGAGUGGCUCCAGGAGCGGCGGAGACUUCUUGUUUACGUCGCUCAUGCUCAGGUCCGACAAGCUGCCGGGGAUGCUGCGGAAAACCAACCAGAGCCCGUACGUCAGACGGGUGGCCUGGGUCCGGGAGAUCCAGAGGCUCCUCCGGGAGCAGAAGCUGGAGCAAGCAGGUGAAGUCCUCAAACUGCUGAGAAAGGAUUUGGGACUGCAGGGAUCAUCACUCAACGACAUUUUAUACAGAAACGCAUCUUUCUCAACUGUGGACCCCAUUUCUCACGAGCUGCUGCUCAGUCUGGCCCGGGACCUGCAGUGCCCCAAAAAAGG